UAUACACCAUUCAAUUUCACUCUCUGCCUUCUCUAUUCUCUCCUACAUUUGUUCUUGGGCAUCUCUCUCACUGUUUAAUAGAAGCAAACCCAUCUUGCAUUUGGAAAGUGAAAUCAUUUGGGUUUCUGUGUUUCUUGGUGUUUGUGCGCGCGCUUAAUAUCAGUGUCAGCGACUCAUUAGUUGCAGCAGUGAGAUUUGAACCACCUUCUUCGUAACCUGGCCUCCUCCCAUUAAGGACGAAAAUCCUUCGUUUUCUCUCCUAUAACUAUCCCCGGAUUCUGAGUAUCUAUACACAUUAAAAACUUUCAGACUUUUUUUUCUGUACUAAAGGCUUGUGCCUUAAUCACAAAAAAUGGGCACUGUUCUUCCUCAACACCAGGCUUUUGAUGUUUCUAUGGACAUGCCACCACAGACCGGCUCCAAGUGCUUUGAUGACGAUGGCCGUCUCAAACGAACCGGAACUGUUUGGACGGCAAGUGCUCAUAUUAUUACUGCUGUGAUUGGUUCUGGUGUGCUGUCUUUGGCUUGGGCCACAGCUCAACUUGGCUGGGUUGCUGGUCCUGCCGUGAUGCUCUUGUUCUCUUUUGUCACUUACUACACUUCUACUCUUCUCUCUGCUUGUUACCGUACUGGUGAUUCUGUCACCGGCAAGAGAAAUUACACUUACACAGAUGCUGUCAGAUCCAACCUCGGUGGGUUCAAGGUGAAGAUAUGUGGGUUUGUUCAGUACCUGAAUCUUUUUGGAGUUGCCAUUGGUUAUACUAUAGCAUCAUCUAUAAGCAUGGUGGCUGUAAAGAGGUCUAACUGCUUCCAUAGCAGUGGUGGAAAAAGUGAAUGCCAUGUGAACAGCAAUCCUUAUAUGAUUGCUUUUGGCGUUGCAGAAAUCAUAUUCUCUCAAAUUGAAAACUUUGAUCAGCUAUGGUGGCUCUCCAUAGUUGCUGCAGUCAUGUCUUUCACUUACUCUGGAAUUGGACUUGGUCUCGGAAUUGGCAAAGUUACAGGAAAUGGAACUAUUAAGGGAAGCAUGACGGGAGUAGACAUUGGAGCAGUGACUGAGACUCAAAAGAUAUGGAGGAGCUUCCAAGCACUUGGUGACAUAGCCUUUGCCUACUCCUACUCUCUCAUCCUGAUUGAAAUUCAGGACACUGUGAAAUCUCCACCAUCCGAAGCCAAGACGAUGAAGAAGGCCACUUUUAUCAGUGUGACAACCACAACCGUUUUCUACAUGCUGUGUGGAUGCAUGGGAUAUGCUGCUUUUGGUGAUGCAGCCCCCGGAAACCUCCUCACCGGUUUCGGUUUCUACAACCCUUACUGGCUUGUGGACAUUGCUAAUGUUGCCAUAGUUGUUCAUCUCGUUGGUGCCUACCAAGUCUUUGUCCAACCCCUGUUUGCUUUUGUUGAGAAAUCAGCAGCAGAAAACUUCCCAGAUAGCCAGUUCAUCUCCAAGAACAUCAAAAUCCAAAUUCCUUGUGUUGGUCUCUUCAACCUUAAUAUGUUCAGAUUGGUUUGGAGGACACUCUUUGUGAUCACAACCACUGUGAUAUCCAUGAUCCUUCCAUUCUUUAACGAUGUCGUUGGACUUCUUGGCGCUUUGGGAUUUUGGCCACUCACAGUCUACUUCCCUGUGGAGAUGUACAUUGUUCAGAAGAGGAUUCCAAAAUGGAGCACCAAAUGGCUUUGCCUCCAAACACUAAGCGGCGCUUGCCUCAUAAUCACCAUAGCUGCUGCUGCCGGCUCAAUCGCCGGGGUGAUUUCCGACCUCAAGACCUACAAGCCAUUCAAAUCCAGUGACUGAUUCAACAAAACUUUAACAGUCAUCAUCACUCAUGAUAUAGUGCUUCUUGCUUCUGUGGUAAAAAGUAUUUACCCUCAAAGUUCAACUUUUGUAACAAAACAAAGAGAGAAUUGGUCACUAGGAUUUCAAUUCUUGUUCAGGUUGAUAAUGAUGUUUGCAUAUAUAGAGUUGUUUUAAGUAGAGCCUUCUAUUGGUUUGGUUU